AUGGCUCCGGCAUCUCCGACUCCCAGGCGACCCGUCACCGGAAGACGUCGGGGUCGUCCUCCGGGCUCGACCAAUGCUGCUCGUGCUGCAAGAGCAGCUCUCGCGGCAGCCUCCGCAACUGAACCACCGCCGAAACGACGUCGAUAUAUUCCAGGAGGGGCCGGUGGUGGUGGUCGCUUCGCUGAUGCUGACUUGCUGACCACGCCGAAUACCACUGGGCCUUCAACAGCAUCGAGGUCAAGAGCAGCUGCGCGCGAGGCUAUCAAUGGCCCUUCUCCAUCCAUAAUGCCUCGACGAGAAAGAGGCGCUCGCACGCGAGCUGCUGGCAAUGAUGGCUUAGAGGAAAUGCAAUGGGGUUCAGCUGCAGCUAUGGCGACUGCUGUGAAGCAGGCUGAAGAUUACAAGCCCCGCGAGGAGCGCAGCUGGGAGGACUUCCACCCUAACCUAGAUAUUGAUGCUACAUUCAUGAUCCUGCCAUCUGAGCAAGUUGAUGGUAUAACUCGAGAACAACCGGAUUUAUCAGUGGUUCAGGCAUUCGGAACACCUUUGGACGAAACUCUAACCCCAUCCAGACAACCGAACCCCGCAUCAACUGGAAACACACCAAAUCCCCAAGGCCGCUCAGACUCGAAUGUAGCCGAUGUUCUCAGCGAAACACCUUUACGGCGCCCUCGUCGACCGACCCGAGAUGUGGUCAGCUUUUAUAGCAGCAAGCCCCUGGACUUUCUCACAACACCGAAAACACCUAAAAUCCUACCCAUCCAGAACCAGACACCGAAAGAGAAACUGGAUCUUAAACUACCGUCAUACCGCAAAACUAACAGCAUUGAAUUAUAUGAGAGCAAAACCUUUGGUCAGGCUCGUUUUGUCGACAAGUCAAUGAGUAAUGUCGGCUAUCAGGAGAGUGAUCACUACCUGCGCCCGGAGCAAGCUUUAAUCAAGUCUUCUGAUCUUACCAUGGAAGAUGAUGCAGAAUUGACCGAUGCUGCUAUGGCAGCAUCUGACGGACCGGUUCACCGUACCCGAAUCGGUCGUGUCGAAUAUGAUAUGGAUGAACAAGAUGAUAUCUGGCUUGGGCGAUACAAUACCCACCGCAAGCAAAACGACGUUCCAGCUAUAACCCGGGAAAUUUUCGAAAUCACUAUGACAAAGAUCGAAAAGGAGUGGCAUGUGCUCGAGAAGAGAAUUCCAAAACCGAACCCGAAGCCUCCACAAACACAUCGUCCACGAUCAAGCUCUGCCGCCGCUGUCAAUGGUGAGCCGCAAGGGGGUGAAGAGCCUGACUCAAAAUGCGCCAUUUGCGACGACGGCGAUUGUGAAAACACCAACGCAAUUGUGUUCUGUGAUGGCUGCAACCUCGCAGUUCAUCAAGAAUGUUAUGGUGUCCCAUUUAUCCCAGAAGGCCAGUGGCUCUGCCGCAAAUGCCAGCUCUGCGGGCCUUCCGUUCCCGUAAGUCUAGCUCAGAACACUUUCUCGAGUUACCCUACUGACCCAAAGCAGACUUGCAUCUUCUGCCCCAAUACCGACGGUGCGUUCAAGCAAACAAAUUCUUCGAAGUGGGCACAUCUGCUUUGCGCAAUGUGGAUUCCUGAGGUUUCCUUGGGUAACCACACGUUCAUGGAACCAGUCAUGGACGUAGAAAAGGUCCCGAAAAACCGUUGGAAAUUGACGUGUUACAUUUGUCGACAGCGGAUGGGCGCAUGCAUACAAUGCGGAAACAAGAACUGCUAUCAAGCAUUUCAUGUCACCUGUGCGCGGAGAUCCCGGCUGUUUCUUAAGAUGAAGACUAGCCAGGGUGCUCUCGCUGUGUUGGAUGGCGGCAUGGUGCUCAAGGCCUUUUGCGACAAGCAUUGCCCCCCUGACUAUGUGCAAGAGCAUAGUGUUCAACAGGCCACAAAGGCGGCCAAGAAAUUCUAUAAGAGAACUAUGAGAAAUCGUAUCUGGGCUGAUAACACCGCUGUUGCGAAUGCUAUUGCAGAGCAGCAGCGCAAUGCCCUUUCGGAACAGCCGUCGGACGAAACGCAGCUUACUGGGACAAAGUCUGCAGCGGUUGGCGACAAAAAGAGAGGCCAGAAUCCGAAAAACGUCUGGAAAACUCCUGCAGGUGCACCUAUUAUACCGCAGGCCGUGUUUGAAGUCGUGGACGCUUCGAUCCAAAGAUUCGCAUUUCCCAAACGCAAGGAGUUCUUGAGCCAGGCAUGCCGCUACUGGACCCUGAAGCGUGAGAAUCGUCGAGGAGCAGCACUUUUAAAGCGUCUGCAGCUCCAGAUGGAGUCCUUUUCCUCGAUGGAGCUUACGCGGCGUGACUUCGCAGCCAUGGGACCGAGCGGAAAGAUCAGGCUUGCUAGACGCAUUGAAUUCGCUGAGAAUUUGAUUGUUGAGCUUGAGCAGCUCAAAGAUCUUGCAGCUGAGCUUGUGGAACGGGAGCAGAUCAAGGUUGCCGCUGGUGAACUUGAACAAGAAUUUGUGGAUGAGUGUUACUUCCCUGUCGCGAAACUUCUCAACCCUGCUGUUGACAGAGCAAUAUCACUUGAUAAGGAUCUCUUCAAGGACGGUCUUGACAAGCUUCAGAGCCGCGUUAAUGCCCGCUUUUAUGUCACAGUCAUGUCCUUUGCUUUAGAUCUUUGCGAUGUAAUCAGUACUGGCAUUUCUACAGCACCGCCUGAGUCAUCUACGGCUGCAACUCAAACUGAAGCUGUCGACGCACCGCCUGCUAAAACCACUUUCUCGGAUAUACGAGAGCGCCGAAAAUUGGGAAAACGCAUACUGAAGGCUGUUCAGCCACACCUCGAGACAGCCUUGCGAAUCGAGUCGGAGAUCUCCCAAAAGCCUUUCGAGGGCUUGAAGAAGGAGUUGGAGAACAUCAUUGACAGAAGCGUGGACGUCCGACCACUGACUGCGACGAGCCAAGAUAAACCAACUGACCUCAGUGAUGAAGUCAACGACACCAUUAUGGUUGAUGCCGAGCUUCAAAUUACUGUUAAGGCCAGUUCUAUCGAGGGUGGAGAUGCGAUGGACACCACUUCAGAAAAUGGAAAUAUUGAGGUCAGCACUAAUAUUGAUGUCGACACAUCUGAUCUUGCAGAGGCGGGUGCUGUCGAAAAACACGAGUCUCUCCACAACACUGUCAACUCCUCCAAUACACCCCCCGACACAGAUGGUUAUAUGCCGAAGCCUCAGCCGGCACAACCGGGGCCUCCCACACCGCCACAAUCUAACGGCAGUCUUGGAUUGGAGCCCACGGAUCCUCUCACAGAUGGAGGGAUACUUUGGUACCUCAAGGGUCAUGAUCCCAGGGGAACAUCUGUUCUUGAGGAGCGAUGGGCCGGGAGAGAUGCCAUCCGCAUGCUCAGCGAGGACCUUACAGAUUUAGAUGACGAAGAGUUCAAAGGCUUGGGUAUGGAUGUUGACCACGCUGCAGCAACUGCCACAGUUGAGGCAGAUGUGAAGGAGGAGGUAGAACCCGCGGGUGGUAAGACCAGAGCGAGUAAAGCAAAGAAGCGGAGGACAUCAACAAGGAGAAGAUGA